AAUCUGAAUUACAGCCAAGUCACUGUGCUGCUAUCGACAGUUGACUGGAAUCCACACGAGAUCUGUUCUGUGAGCAUUGCAUACUCAGAUUAUCAAAUCAUACUAGUUGAUUUGUUCUCAAUCAAAGCAAUUAAGUAAUUCAGGGAAAUUAUUAUUUGUGCAGGUGACAGUCUGACGCGAAUAAUCCACAUCAACGACUGUAUAUAAUUGUGCAUCUGUCCAGUGUUGCACCUAACCAAUUUUACAUUAACAGAUAAUGCCUUUGGCUCGGGCGUUUUUCCGUUUACAUGGCUAUUUGCAACCCAUAUCGAAAACACAGGCUCCUUUGGUCUCCCGACUCAUACGGACCCAGAAUGAAGUGAAGUAUUGGCAGUAUACUGCUGCUCCACAGUCGACGAGUUGUCACUGGCAACUUCAGGAAGAAUGCCUUGAGCUCAGCUAUGGAGGACUUGUGAUGCACUUUGACUAUGUGUGGCUACGGGAUCAUUGCCGCUCUGCCUCCUGCUACAACAGCAAGACCAACCAGAGGAACCUAGAUACAUCACAUGUGGAGCUGAACAUAUGUCCCACCAACACCAGGGUGGAUGAUGAGAAUCUCUUCCUCACAUGGCCCGAUGGUCAUGUGACAAAGUACAACCUGAGUUGGCUGGCUCAGAACAGCUAUGAGGGACAGAAGCAGAGUGCCAUGCAGCCACGCAUCAUCUGGAACUCAGACAUCUAUGCCAAUGCCAAGGUGUCCUCUGCCAAUUGGGACAAGUUUAUGACCUGUGAUGAUGAACUGAAGAAGUUCCUUAGGAACUUUCUGCUGUAUGGCAUUGCUUUUGUGGAGGGUGUCCCACCAACUGUUGAGGCCACAGAGACGGUUACCCAGAGAGUCAGCCUCAUCAGGGAGACUAUGUAUGGCAAGAUGUGGAACUUCACUUCAGAUUUCUCCCGAGGAGACACUGCCUACACCAAACUGGCCCUGGACCGUCACACAGACACCUCAUACUUCCAGGAGCCUUGUGGGAUCCAAGUGUUCCAUUGCCUUAAACACGAGGGAACGGGAGGAAGAACACUACUCGUGGAUGGAUUCUAUUCUGCAGACCAAGUGCUCCAGAAGACGCCUGACAACUUUGAGCUGUUAGCACGGGUGCCUAUCAAGCACGAGUACAUUGAAAAUGUCAGCGACCACCGCAACCACAUGAUCGGCAUUGGCCCUGUGCUCAACGUGUAUCCCUGGAACAACGAGGUGUACAUGAUCCGAUACAAUAACUACGACCGGGCAGUCAUAAACACUAUCCCCCAUGAUGUUGUCAAGCGAUGGUAUGUGGCUCACAGAGAGUUGACCACAGAGCUGAGGAAGCCAGAGAAUGAGUUGUGGGUCAAACUGAAGCCUGGAAAGGUUCUCUUCAUUGAUAACUGGCGUGUCAUGCAUGGUCGGGAGUCCUUCACAGGCCUGCGGCAACUGUGUGGCUGCUACCUGACUAGAGAUGACGUCUUGAACAUUGCCCGCUCCCUGGGUCUGCAGGCCUGAGUGAAGAAGAGUCUCCAACCCUUCCAGCCAAAAGCUGCAGUAUUUUGGAGAUAAAACCUGCAGCCCUGCUUCUUCAGAAUACCAUAUUAUUAAAUCAAAUCAACAACAAAAAAAUCACAGGUGCCGAAUACAACAAGCCCUUAACCAACAAUGAAGUUCAAGAAAUAGAGUUAAGAAAAUAUUUACUAAAUAAAAUAAAGUUAAAAAAAUGCAAUCAAAAAGUCAAUGUAAAUAGUCCGGGUUGCCAUUUGAUUAAUUGUUCAGCAGUCUAUGGCUUGGGCGGUAGAAGCUGUUAAGGAGCCUUAUGAUCCUAGACUUGGCGUCCCAGUACCGUUUGCCGUGCGGUAGCAUAGAGAACAGUCUAUGACUUGGGUGACAAGAGUCUUUGACAAUUUUUAAGUGUUUAAGUCAAGAACAUGGACUGUGAUCUGCAUUAUGCAUGCAUAUGCUCUUGUCACAACAACAAUCAUCUUUUGAACUGGAACUUAACAUAUUGAGGUGUUUUAACAUAUUGGCUUUGUUUUAGGGAUUAGUUUCUAAUCUUAAAUUAUUUUAGUAUGUCUCAAACACUACAUAGCACUUUUACCAGACAUUUAAUUUUUGAUUCAUGUAUUUAGGAACUUUUGCCUUGUAUACAUGCUGAAAUAAAUGUGAUUUUUCAAUA